AUGGGUUCUGUUCAACCAGUAACGUUACGCUGGGGAAUAAUUUCUACUGGAGGAAUUGCUUCAGCUUUUUCCAAGGCGAGCUUCCAUCGAAACGUCAACGAUGUAGCUCACAAGAUCGUCGCUGUGGGAUCGCGCUCCGUGGACAAGGCACAACAAUUCAUCGAUACUUCCCUCGGAGGUGAUAAGACUAUCAAGGCGUUUGGAAGUUAUGCGGAGGUCUAUAAUGACGCUGAUGUAGACGUAAUUUAUGUAGCUACACCUCACACUUACCACUACGAAAACUCCUUGGACGCCAUCAAGGCAAAGAAACAUGUCCUAUGCGAAAAGCCUGUUACAUCAAACCGCGCAGAGCUUCAAUCUCUUCUUGACGCUGCGAAGGAGAAUGAUAUAUUCUUCAUGGAAGCGAUGUGGACGAGGUUUCAGCCCUUGAGUCUGGAAUUUAAGAAGAUUUCAGAUAGUGGCCAACUAGGGCUUCCUAUCUCUGUGCAUGCUGAUCUUUCGGGGAAUUUUGAUAUCCACAAUAUACCUAACACCCAUCGGAUUUUGGAUCCAAAACUGGGAGGUGGUGCUUUGUUGGAUCUUGGUCCUUAUCCGCUUGUCUGGGCCAUCAUGGCUUUGUAUGAAGCCCCAGCGAAUGGCGCGACCAAUCCCACCAUCACAGGAAGUAUCCUCAAAACUCCAAUCACCGGAGUUGAUUGUAACACCUCGUUCACGCUCAACUUCAGCCAAUCGAAGCUCGCGGCCCAAGCAGUACUGAGCUGCAGCAUCAAUACCGAUGCCUUGGAUCCUGGCGUCACUAUCCGAUACGAGAGAGGAACAAUCAAGAUCGCGUCUCCGAUAUAUGUUCCCAAAUCAUUCGUGGUACAAUACCUUGAUGAACAUGGUGCACUUGCGAAGGAAGAGAAGAAGUUCUUUGAAUAUGUGGGACGAGGGAUGCACUUCCAGGCCGAUGAGGUAGCUAGAUGUAUUCGAGAUGGCAAAAAGGAGAGCACACUCUGGAGUCACGAGAAGAGCUUGCUUGAAAUGCUCAUUUUCGACGAGGUUCGUAAGCAAGGCGGGUAUGAACUUCCCCCAGGUGUCGAGAAAGUCGUCUAA